CUUGAUUGAACACACCUGUGACCCAUCGUUUCUCCCAAAGAAGCGAGCCCGGUGGACGAGCCAAAGCAAAGUGACGACUGGCAAUUUGACUCUGAUGAUGCUCCCCUGCGCCACUUUAUAAGCUAUCCGCUGCAUCUUCCUUGCCUCACGCUCUCUUGAACGAAACCGAUGGACUGGGACAGGUCCGAAUGCAAUAACUCCAAAAUACCAAUGCCAACGAGAUAAUAUGGAAAACCUCACCAUCUCCGAUGCCCCUCCUCAAGGGGGCCAGCCCGUUCUCGGCGGCCGCGCGCCGCCGCCUCAGCAGACCCCUCAGCUGCCGCCUCAGAUGUUCACCACUGCGGCGCAGCUGCUGGACAUGACCGACAAGAAGCUCAUGGUCGCGCUCCGCGACGGGCGCAAACUGAUAGGCGUCCUCCGCAGUUGGGACCAGUUCGCAAACCUCGUCCUUCAGGACACCGUCGAGCGCGUCUAUGCCUACCCGGACCUAGAGGCCAAUCCUCCCCGCGAGGGCGGGAUGUUCGCCGACAUUAAGCGCGGCAUCUUCCUCGUGCGCGGCGAGAACGUGCUCCUUCUAGGCGAGAUCGACCUCGACAAGGACGAUGACCCGCCACCAGGCUACGAGCCGGCCGACCUCAAGCUCGUGCAGGGCCUGGCGGCCGAGAGGAAGGACAAGGACAAGGCGCGUGACAAGGGACGGAUCAAGAAGCUGAGCACGCUGGGCUUCGAGGGCGAGAACAUGGGCGAGAUCUUGCUCUGAUCAUUGGCCUCCUAAUCCGUCGUGGUUUGCAGCACGCCACACACACACACACACACACACCACCGUACGCCCUUAUUAUGAUGAAUCUCUACGCCGAAACUUGACUACUACGCAGAUUACUCCGUCGGGCUUCUGUGCCCCUUCUCAUUACCUGACAAAAACGAACAGACGCCGAAUGAGAGUGUAUGUUUUAAACUAGAAGAGGGAAACGGAGCUCCGAGCUGCUGAUGCGGAGAGAAAGAAGGCCGGUCUCAUCGAUCGCGAAGUGAUGCAAUACACACUGCCUCUCCUUGUCUUUCGACGCCGCGGUGGAAAUGGCUGGUUGGAUGGUUGAGCAGAAUAUUGUGAAAUGCUCGUCACCCACGGGUCUGGUCGAUACGACAGACGCCAGCAGAAGAGGAAUUUAACUGUUUAUAUU